UGGAAAAUUAAAAAAUUUUACAAAAUUUUUUGAGCAAAUUACGUUGUCAGAAAUAUCCUGUUUGGCACACAAAGGACUUAAACUAUUUUCAUUUAAUUUGAGUUCUUAUAAUUGAAUUUUGUGAGAAUAAUUUUAACAAUUCAUACGCAGUGAAUUGAAAUUUGCUUAGAACAUUCAAAAAUAAUUUUUCUCAAUUAAAAAUUUAUUGAAAUUGAAUAAUUUAUAUUGCCACAAUUUCUAAAAAUAAAGCUAAAAAUAGAAAAUUAAAAAAUUAUUAGAAAACUAAAAUUAAAAAGAAAAAAAAAACAAAGUACAAAAAAGAAGAAGAGGAAAAAGAAUGGGAAAAAUGGAUUUGAAAUUCAAUUUUACUGUCACAAAUAUGGGAGAGGUUUUUAUUGAAAACCUUUCCCAAAAUUCACAAUGAAUUUUGUACCAUUCACAAAUCCAUUUUCUGGAGCAUUAUCUGGUUUAAAUCAGUUUGCUGUAACAACAACAACGACAACAAUAACAACAUCAUCUGUUCCAUCUCCAAUUACAGCUACAUCAUCUUUAGCUUCAUCAUUAACAAAUUCAAAUACUUCUUUAUCAUUGUCAACAGCUUCAAAUCUAUUAAAUAUUACAGCUCAACCAGAUCAAAAUAAUCAACGUUAUCAAUUGAAUACAACGGGAAUUAUGACUCAUUUUAAUCAACAAUUAAAUAAUUCUUCAACAGGAAUUGCAACAAAAUAUCAUUCGGAAGAUUCAUCGGUUACUGAAACUAAAUAUAAUGGGCACCUAAUUACGCCAUCAUCAAAUCAACAACAACAACAAUCUCAGCAACAGCAACAACAGCAAACGCAACAGCAACAACAACAACAACAAUACAAUUCUAUACAGUCGUAUAAUCAGCAAAAUUUAGAAGAUAAAAGAUUAGUUGCAGCAGCUAUAAAUUAUCCACAAAGUAAUGUUUCUACAACAACUGGAACAACUGGGUCGGUUAGCGGAAAUCAAUUGCAAUCUCAGACACAGGAAAUAACUCAAGAUUUAUGUAAUGCUUUGUUGCAGCAAACCCAGCAACAAGUUGAUACAAAAAAAAUUUUACAAAAUACAAGUUGGCAGUCUUUAACUCCUAAUUCAACAGUUGCUGAUUAUUUAUCACAACUUCCAGCAAACAGUUUACCGUUAUCACUUCAUCAUUUCCUAAAAUAUUCAGCAGAAAAUAUAAAAAAAGAAAAUCAAAGUGGUACUCAAACGCCUACCUUAGCUUUAAAUGCUAUUAGUACAACAUUAAAUAUUCCUCAGCAUCCUAUACAGCAACAACAUCAACUACAGCAACAGCAGCAACAACAACAGCAGCAGCAACAACAACAGCAACAGCAACAAGUGCAACAAAAUCAACAAAAUAAUCAACAGUCAUUGCAACAACAAACUCCACAAGAAUCUCAAAUCAAUCAGCAGUCGGUACCAACAAAUAAUCAAAACAAUACUUCAACAAACACAACAUCCACCGCAGCACAACCAUCAACUACAACAAAAACUAAAUCAAAAAAGAAAAAACGUAAAAAGCCACCAAAAGAAAAGAAACCAAAGCCAAAACCAGGUGAAAUUCGUCUGACCACAGCUCUUGAUGGAAGUUUACUAUUUAUGUGCCCUGAAUGUCAAGUUGCUUAUCCAGAGAGAGGAUUAUUAGAGGUUCAUAUGGUUGGUCAUUGUUUAGAACGACGUUUUAUUUGUGAAAUAUGUAAUGCUGCUCUAAAACGUAAGGAUCAUUUAACGCGCCACAAACAAUCACAUAACCCUGAACGACCAUUUAUUUGUACCGUCUGUUUGAAAGCUUUUAAACGUAAAGAACAGCUAAGUCUUCAUUUCGUUAUACAUUCUGGUGAAAAACGUCACAUUUGUAUGGAAUGUGGUAAAGGAUUUUAUAGAAAAGAUCAUUUAAGAAAACAUACAAGAUCGCAUAUUGCUCGAAGAGUUAAAGCUGAAUUGAGUUUACAAAAUCAACCUGGUCCAACAAUUUUACCAACAGCAAAUCUUGCCGCAGCCGCUGUAACAUUACUACAACAAGCAACUGCACAAGUUGUACAACAACAUCAGCAGCAACAAUUACAACAACAGCAGCAGCAACAACAACAACAACAGCAGCAACAACAAACAAAUCAAACUGGUCAAACACAAAUUCAACAGGAUUCAUCACAGCAACAGCAACAGCAAAGUCAAAAUAACCAAAUUCAACAGCAGCAACAAAAUCAACAACAAACUCAGCAGAAUCAACAAAGUAUACAAAUUCCUCAUCCGACACUGAAUAAUCAACAGCAAACAAAUAAUACAAAUAAUCAGCAACAACAAUCGCAGCAACAACAACAAACACAACAAAAUCAAAUGGUUAAUUAAAAAAUGUCAUUUUUAUGUCUUUAAAACUUGACAUUUACGAUAUCAAAGACUUCAAAUUUCUAAUUGAUUAAGAAAGUGUAGUAUUUUUUUAGUUUUUAAGCAAACUGGCCUUGUUUACACGAGUAUGUAUUUGACGUAAACACAGUUUCUCUUUUAUGCUUUUCACGCCCUCUCUUCUAUAAAAGUAAAUUUUAUUCGUAGAUGAGAAAGUGUGAGAAGCACAACGCAAAUGCUGUGCCUACUCUCAAUGCAUACACGUGUAAAUAGGCCCACAUAAUACAUUUAAAGUUUGUAAUAACAAACGUUUCCUAACUCAAAUACGAAAUACAAAUUAGUACUAUAAACAAAUGUACUAAAAAAAUUGUACUUGAAAACAAUUUCUUUAUUAUUAAAUUUACUUUAGAUUUAUGACACCUCAAUAAUAGAAUUGUGCUACAAAAAUUUGAACAAAACACUAACAUUACAAAUUACAAACACUAAAAAUCAUACUACAAAUUUAGAUUUAUUGUAAAACAAAAUAAAGAUUUACAAAUUAGAAUUUAGAAAAUAUUUUUUCAUAAUAAUUUUAUGUGAUAAUUUAUCUUGAAAAGAAUACAAAACUAUGAGUUAAUACAAAUUUUCCUCCACCUAAAAUUGUAAUAGGAAUGGGAAAGAGCCGUGAAAAAAUAAACAAACUAUAAUGAUAAUUUGAAAACAAAUUUUAGCCUAUAGGAAUUAGUAGAUUUUAGAAGUAGUAGAAGUAAUUAAAAAAUACAAAAAUAAUUUCUAAGUAAGACUAUAGUUUUAAAAUUUUAAAAAUACAAACAAUUACAAAGAUCACAAAAAAAUUUUCAUUCACAAAUCCUAUA